AAUAAUAAUACCAACAUACAAACAGAUGUCAUUGUGAUGGACUUGCCACAGAUUUUGACAAUAGACCACUUUCGAGUUAAGUACUUUGCUGGAAAAGUUCGUCAAUUAUGUGCGCCUUUAUGACGUUAUUUACCAGAUAGAGGGGAACGCGGGUAUCCCGGCACUAUUAAAGAUCAUCAAGGGUCUUCGUGAUCAUCAUUAUGCAGGAUAAACUAGAAAUAACGAUUGUUCUGUAGGUUUAAGAAGAAUGAACCAUAAUGGCACUCAAUAAACAGCUAACAAUAAAAACUUCCUGGACUUUCCAAGGGGAUAUUGAUAGUUUGUUGGUGAAAUAUGAAAAUGAUCAAAAUGAAGAAAAUACUUCACUGACUGAAGAUGAAGACUCAGAGUUAUCUCCCAUCGUUUUCUCCAGACCUGAGAAGGACAGUGAUAGUUGUGUCCUGUAUCUGAAAAGUUGUCCAGGAAAAACAGUGUCAGUUAAAUACCUUGAAAUACUAAGUGAUAGGAAAACAAUUGAGAUUUACCAUAGAACCGAGGGUUAUUUGUUUUGUAUGAGAGGACAUUCUGUAGCUAGUGAUGAAGGGGGGACAAUCUAUAGAUGUUCAUCAAAAAUAGAUUUCAUCUGUGAUAAUAUCUCUUUAAAGUUACCAGCAAAGACUGAUGUUGAUACUAUCAAGUUAUAUAAGAUAAAACUAAACAUUAGCAUUGCUGAUAAAAAGGAAGACAACCCUUUCUUAGGGAGAACCAUUGAUUUGGAGAAAGUUAAAGAUUACUUAGGUGAUAUUCCUGAAAGUGCCAAAGGUCUUUAUAAUAGUAUGGAGGCAUAUCAAAAGAAUCAACAAUCCAUGACAGCAGCCAUGUCAACAGGAAGUAGUAUGAAUAUGGGAAAUUUAGGAAUGAUGGGAUUGAUGUCUGCUCUGAUGGGAAAUUUAAAUAUGUCACCAUCUGUUAGGCAGUCAAAUUCUCCCAAACCGAAUGAAGCAAAAAGUAAAGAAAAAGUAAUAAAUGAUUCUGAUUCUAAAAGUUCAACAGAAAUGGAAUCAGUGACGACAGAUAAUACAUCGGAUGAUGUCAGAACUCCAUGCAGGAAAGAUGAAAAUGUUGAAAAGACUAAAAAUGACCCUCCUCAUACAUUACCACAGAAAAGCAGGUUGAGUAAUUUAUUGAAUGGUGUUGAAAGUGGACAAAGUGAUUCUGGAAUGUUCAGUAUGUUAAAGGAAAUCUGCAGUACUGUGUCAAAGCAGAGAGAUGCUCCACAGAAGAAUACAAUAUCAAUUAGUGAAAUGAAAAAAGAAAAAGAAGAGAAAACAAUACAAGGAGAUGAAUCUGUUGGUUCAGCUAUAGAAGAACAGUUACAGAAAACAGAAGAAAGACUUAAACUUUAUGUUGAUAAACAGCUAACUAAAUUAGAAGAGAGAUUGAAUGAAAGAUUAGACCAAAUUCUAACUUGUACAUGUAAAAAGGAUGAUAUACAACCUCAGGAAACAGAAGAAUCAUUAAAAUUAGAUCUAACUAAACAAUUAUCUGAAUUAGAAUAUAGAAUGAAUGAAAAGUUUGAUAAAAUAUUGAAUUUUGUUUGUAAAAGUGACGAUAUAAAACCUCCUUGAAAACAGUGUAAUUUGUUGGAUGCAUUUUGAUCAAAUUGACUUGUAUCAGAUAGGAGGUUCAACAGAAAGCUGUUAAAUCAACAGUUAGUUCAGUGCCGACUCAAGAUUUGAUGUGAUAUGGACAUGGUCAGGCAAAUAUAAACAAACACAUAGAAACAGGAAUUCAGUUAAAACAACAGAAUUCAAUUUGUUACCAUAUAUUUUACAAAGAUCAGUGCAUAUAAAGCAAAGUGAAUGUAAACUUGUUACUUCUACUCAGACACCAUAUAUAUGGGACUUUCAGUUAAUUUUAGAAAUUGUAUUUAAAAUCGAAAAGAGAAGCACGCUUUAAAAAAAUGAUAUGCAACUUGCACUUGAAAUUUUAAAGUCAUGUUUGGAAAUCAAAUAUUUUGUGAAAUAACUGGAUUAUUAUUUUAUAAUUGACAAAAUUAAAUGUACAAGGUAAAAACCUUUUUUUUCUUGUUUGUUGUUGUUAAAUAUAUAUUUUUCUGCAAAAAAAAAAAAAAGAUUCAAAGAUGCCAGGGACAAAGUGGCAAAUGUAUAAAAUGUACUGAACAAUAAAAGAUAAUAAAACAA